UCUCUCUUCCUCAAAAUCUUCCCCAACACCUUCGCCCUAGAUCUGCGAACAUCGACAGCGAAAAACAGGGGUAAUUUCUGCAAAGUCAUGGGCAAAACCGUAAAAUGGAGCUGGACUUCUGCUCUGAUCGGGGCGGCGUCGGCUACAGCCGCUGCGGCUCUCGUAAAUGCGAAGCCCAAGGACCCGGCCUUCCACCUCAUCUCAAUCAGCCUCACCUCCUUCAAGUUCAACUUCCCAGUCCUCGAUGCCGAGGUCAUCCUCACCGUACACGUCACCAACCCCAACAUCGCGCCCAUCCACUACUCCUCGACGGUCAUGUCUAUCUUCUACGACGGCUCUCACCUCGGCUCCGCCCAGAUAGACGCCGGCUCCCAGGCCCCCAAGUCCUGCCAGGUGCUGCGGCUUCCUGCUCGACUCGACGGGCUGGAGCUGCUGACUCAUCACGCGGGGCGGUUCCUGGCUGACGUUAGGCGGAGAGAGAUGACGCUGGAUGCCACAGUGGACAUCGAGGGUGCAGCGAAGGUGCUAUGGUGGGAUCACAAGUUUAAGGUACACGUGGACAGUCACGUUGUCGUUGAUCCUUUGUACCUUGAUGUCAUUGAUCAGGAAAACAAGUCUGAUUUGGAACUUCGCCUUGCAUAACAUAUGAUAUUUGAGUAGAAAUGUUGUCCAAAUAUAUAAUUUUGUUAUUAAAA